AUGGAGUUCAUGAGUCGUGAGGACCCACUGUACUAUCAGAUCCCCGUUUUCCAGACGGGGAAACUGAGGCAUAGAGAGGGGGCCGGGAAGGAGGGGCUCGGUCCUGGCAGCCGCAGCGCGAUAUGGUUCGAGAUUCUUCCCGGGAUCAGCGUCAUGACCGUGUGCUUGGUCAUCCCCGGCAUAGCCACUGCACACAUCCACAGGUUCUGUAACAGGGGCAAGGAAAAAAGGGUUGCCUAUUAUCAGUAUCAGUGGAGUUUGAUGCAAAGAGACGGGCGCAUCUCUGGAGUUAAUCGUUACUAUGUGUCAAAGGGUUUGGAAAAUAUUGAUUAAAGAAGCCUUUUCCUGACCGAUGAAGAAUAACUCGGUUAUGCUCAUCUGCCCUUUCCAGAAGG